AUGCUAUUGCUGUCCAAAGUGGUGACCACUGAUCACAGCUCACGGUUUACACUCAUUUGCGAUCACUUGGCGUGUGAUUCAAGACAAUUGGUCCGCGCAGUGAUCGGCCAUCGGUUGAGACAAUUGCCGGCGAUUGUGGUCUGCGUUGAAAAGCCGGCAAAUGUUUGGUUGAAGUCAUUUGAUCCGUCGCUCACCGAUAGGCUAAGAGUAGUGGAUCUGUUCAACGCGUAUCACACCAUCGAUGAUAACUUCGGACACCAUUUGAUGCGAGAGUUGGACCAAUUGGACGGCGAAUCAGUUGUGGUGAUCGACUCGUUGACACCCAUACUAUUGAUGGACUCAUUGCACGAAAGUGUGUGUCUUUUGAAUCAAUUGAUGAAUCGAUUCAAACAAUUGGUUUCCGUUCUUCACGUCGACUGUCAUUCACAACACGUGAACGAAUCGGUCGAACAGUUGUCUCAUUCGGUGAUCCAUUUGUCGCCGAAGAUCACCGAUAAUAGUGUCGAGUGUUUUAAAGCCAUUAUUAGACACCGAAAGCCUCACCGGAAGACACACUUCGCUGUCCAACAAUCCAUUGAAUUCUUCACAAUCAGUGACUGUAAUAUAGUUUAUGUGAAAGACAUUAAUGAGACACUCAAUGGACAAUCAUUUGGCGAUCAGUCCAGCGCUGAUCCCACUCUUAAUAUACCAUUUAAUUUGAGCCUUAAGUCCAGUGAAUUGGAGGCAAAAAAUAACCUUUUGUUGCCUUAUAUUAAAACACAUGAGGAAACAAAAGUAUUCUAUGAAUUCGACAAAAACGAUGACAUCGAUGAAGAAGAUCCAGACGAAGACCUCGAUAUUUGAUGGCAUCGAUUAGCCUUUUGUUUAAGUUAUUCAAUCCGUA